AUGAUUCCAGAUGGAUACACGGGGAGUAUGAAGAAAAAGAGAGCAUUUGCGAGAGAAGUGAAAGAAAAAUCGAUCACUCAGCUGUACCGAAGAUUGUGCGAGUCUGUGAUGGCCCUCUCGGAAUUGUUGGAGAUGCAAUCUUUUACAGAUACGACGAUUUUGAAGGUAGACGAAUUCGUCUCUCGGACUACCUUUCGUGAAAUGUGUUACAGAAUCUUGAGCUUUGGUUCUAAGUUUCCCGUCAUCAAUGCUCUUUCGUCUCUCGGAGUUAGCCCUUUCUUCGUGGAAAACGUGUCGGAGCUUCAACUCUCGUGCCUAAAACUUGUGACUGUGAUUUUCUCGCGGUACGAUCAGCAUCGACGCUUGCUCCUAGAUGACAUUCUUGCGUCUAUUGCUCGACUUCCUAGCAGCAAGCGCGGUUUACGGACGUAUCGUCUCCGGAAUUCAGAAGAAACCAUUCAGAUGGUCACAGCUCUAGUCCUGCAGCUCAUCCAGUGUGUCAUAAAUCUUCCCACGAAUCUCCAAUUCUCGAAGUCCGGUGACCAUCAGGUCAUUCAGAUGAGCGCCGAUGGUGCCACCGAAACAGAGAUUGACAUCGACGUUUUCAUCGGGCAGCGAUAUGAAAAGGCACGACAGACGGCGGCAAAUUUUCUGACCGUCUUUCUUUCGAAGUGUACCAGCAAAGGGGAGGAAGGGGAUUAUCGACCUCUAUUCGAAAACUUCGUGCAAGAUCUGUUGGCUACCGUGAACAAGCCUGACUGGCCUGCUUCCGAAUUUCUUCUAAGCUUGCUGGGAUUCAUCUUGGUGAGCAAGUUCAGUAAAGGGAAGGACAUGAAUACCCGAGUGAGUUCUCUGGAGUACCUCGGUGUGAUUGCCGCUCGUCUGCGGAAAGAUGCCGUAACGUCGAGACUGGGAGUUGAAACCAUUGAUAAGCUCAUAGCGCAAGUGAAAGAACAGGAAGAAGAGCAGAGCAAGGAAACCGGCCAUGUUGUUGAAUUGCCGAAACUUGGCGAUCUUGAGGAGGAAAGAACUCAGUACCUUCAACGCUUACUACUUGAGUACCUGAGCAUCCACGCCGAAGCCGAACCGGCCUUGAGGUAUACCCGUGAUUUUUACGUUGCUCAGUGGUAUGUGGAUGCUGCGAAGGAUAUAAGGAAUCAACAACAGUCUUCGAAGUCAGCUCAGAAUGGUGAGGUGAUUAAAACUCCUCGUCGGAAGGAUCGGCAGAAGAAGAGCAAAAGCAAGAAACGAAGAGAUGACAGUACGUCGGAAGAAGAGAUCUCAGAUGACGAGGAUGAAAAUUCCGCCAUGAAGAAGGAUGUACUAGGCCUUUCAGAAACGGAUAAACGGGAAGUUUAUCGGCUAGUCGAUCUUCGUAAGAAGUUCCUCUUGGGAAAAGUGUUCCGUCCGAGUGAUAUCAGUAAAGGGGCCCGGAAAGGUUCUUUAUUUCAAACUGAACUUGACGAUGAUUCCGCUGAAUUGAUCGCUCGGUAUCUCGCGUCAAAACGUGAUUUUUUGCGAAGCUUCAACACGUAUCUUCGACAAAUACUCAAUGUCUUGGUUGAAACUGCAAUAGCUGUGCGAACGAAGGCAAUGAAAUGUCUUGCUAUGAUCGUGGAAGCGGAUCCGUCUGUGCUGGAGAGGAAGGAUGUGCUUAUGGGCGUGAACCAUUCCUUUCUGGAUCACUCAACGUCCGUCCGUGAGGCAGCGGUUGACCUGGUUGGCAGAUUCAUUAUUAGUCGACCCAGUCUUGUUCACCAAUACUACGACAUGCUGUCAACGCGGAUUUUGGAUACGGGUGUGAGUGUGAGAAAGCGUGUGAUAAAGAUACUAAAGGAUGUGUGCACAGAAUGUCCGGAGUUUCCAAAAAUUCCCGAGAUAUGUGUGAAAAUGAUCCGUCGAGUUAACGAUGAGGAAGGAAUCCGCAAGCUCGUCAUGGAGGUGUUCCAGUCUAUGUGGUUUACACCUUCCCGUGAACGUGCCGGUACGAAUAAUCAUCUGCUUGUCCAGAAAGUUAAGAAUAUCGUGGACGUUGCCUCGACGUGUUCGAAAGCGAAUAACCUGGAGUGGUUCGAGCAACUUCUGCGUCAUAUGUUCAAACCGAAGGAAGACAAAGACGAUUCCACCAAAAUUGUGACAGAUCCACCGAAAGUAACACUUCUUGCAUGUCAGCAAAUCGUGGAUUGUCUUGUCGAAAAUGUUUUGCUGAUCGAGGAAUGUGACACGAAAGAAUCUGAGCAAAGUAAUCACCUCGACGCAUCCGAACGCCAAUCCCGUGUUCGACGCAGCAGUCGAUUAGCCGGGUGCAUGCAAACUUUACAUCUGUUCGCCAAAAUUUACCCUAGCCUCCUUCUUAACCAUGGAAUGACGCUUCAACCGUACCUCACUUGUUCAGUAAAUGAGGAUGCGGAGGGUCAGCAGAUCGUUUGCUGCACAGCGAGCAUUUUGGAAGUAAUAGUUCCAUUGAUGGAGCAUCCUAGUGAACCAUUUCUUGCUCAAUUAGAAGAAGACGUUGUGAAACUGAUCGUCAGUCAGACGAAACCCGUUGUGACCGCAGCCGUCCAGUGCUUGGCGUCCAUUGUGAACCGCGUGACAAAGAACUAUUCGCUCGUCAAAGACUGUCUCGGGCGGUACCUGGUUUUCAUGGAGCGUUUCCAGCGGGUUCAUGACGCGAAUCCUGAGGAUCCCCGUUUGAAACUGAGCUAUCCUUAUUUUCGGAGAGCAAUUUUCGUUGUCGGGUUGUUCAUGCAAUUCUUCGAUUUUCGUGAUCAGCUUGUUCGAUGUGGCUUGGAAGACGGCGUGAUCAACCAGACCUUCGAGAUCAUGUACUAUUUCGUGAACAAUUCGAUUGACCCGUCCUUGCGUUUCGAUUCGCUUCAAGGCAUGGGAAGCAUGUGCAUCCGCCAUUAUGAAUUCCUUCUGAAGAGCAAUGUUGUAUCAUUUUAUUCGAAAUGUCUUCUGGAUGCAGAAGCUCCAGUGAAAAUGAAAGUCCAGAUAUUGAACAACCUCGAAAAUUAUCUGAAGGAGGAAGAAGCGAGGAUGGCUCAGCAAGACAAAGAAUUUGAUUGCGACCAUCAAAUCUCUCCCGUAGGGAAUAAGACGGGAAAGAAGGAAAAUUUGAAGGAAAUGCGAGAUGUGCAUUCGGGAAUGGCAUCAACGAUCAUGCAAGUGUACCUGAAGCCCUUGUUGGAAUCUUGCUUACAUUCCGAUAUGCAAGUACGUAGGGCAACUCUGCAAGUUGUCCAAACGAUCGUCAACCAAGGACUUGUCACUCCAGCUGUGAUAACGGACUACUUGAUAGCCAUGAGCACUGAUUCUGAGGAGUCUGUGUAUCACACUGCCGACAAGCUGCUACAAGAGCUCGAAAAGAAAUUCCCGAGUUUUAUUCAGAUGAAGGUGAUGCCCGGCUUGAAGCUCUCUUACAUCUUACAGCAGAAAAUCCAGCAUGUGCACCCGAUUCGGGGGUUUCGGAAAUCCCAGGAUGGAUCGCAAAGCGUUGCGUUGACCGGAUUCGUGUAUUCAUUGCUCCGUAGUACGAAAUCUCAGAGAAGAGCAAUUGCUACGACGUUCUUGAAGCAGUUCGACGAAAAAGAGGUGGAUGCUCUUUUGAAACGAUCUUCACUUGCCUCGAUGUUGUAUCUCGCGGACAACAUCGCCUUCAUGCCUUUCCAAGUUCUUGACGAGCCCUUGUACAUCAUCCAUCAAAUCGACGUCAUGAUCUCACUCCACGGCGGAGGACUUCUCCAGUCUUUUAAAGACAAUUUGAUACCGCGAUCCACUGAGAAACCUGCCGUGGCCGUCGGUCCAGAUGGUGUGCCGCAGAAUAAUUCGUAUUACGAUGAUGAAGAUGAAGACGACGAUUUAGAGGCCUUACUUGAACGUGUCCCUGAAGACACGACGGCUUUGGAAGACGUCGUAACAACGUCUCAAGGAGUCGUGUUACUUCUGAUUCUCAAGCAGCAUUUGAAGGAAACAUACGGCCUGACUGACAAGCGAAUUUCCGAGUACAAUCCGAAUGCUAGCGGGAAAUUAUUUGAGAAGACCGUCAAUCGCCGAAAUGUUGGUCAGUUCAAUCCGAAACAGAUAAUAAAAAAGCUUGCCGAGAUGGAUCUAUUUCACGAGAAUCCCAACCGUGUUCAUCAUGAAAAGUCGGAACUUAUUCGCCAGUACUUGGACGCCUUAAUGCUCAAAAUUGACCCGGAUCAAGACGAGGAAGACGGCGACGGGGCUCCUAUGUCAACUCCUUCAAAGCGAGAUAUAACAAUGGGUCAAGAUGGCCCGUCAGCCACGAGAAAUCUGUUUACUACACCGACGCAGUCAGGCUCAGUUCCUAGUCAAUCGUUGCAUUCCGAGAACGAUUUCAUGGCGAAUCCCCAGCCUCUUGCACCCCAUAUUAUUCGUCCUAACAACCCUGUCAACAAAACACCCGUGAAUCCGGGAAUGAUGAUGCCUAUGGUACCCCUAAUGCGCCUACAAAUUCCAACGGCAUAUUCACAAGCCGAAACCCCCGUGCGUUAUCCAGAGAUGCACGGUGCGUAUCCGAAUGCACAGGUCAAUUCCAAGAACAACUCACCUAGCAAAGGAGCAUUCGACAAACCGAAUAGGCCGGAAGGACUUCCGAAACUAACGAUAAGUUUAGGGAACCGGACAUCGUCUCAGAGUAAUGUUUGCAACAGCGCAAGUUCCAAAAAAUCCCAGAAAGGACAUUCUUCACAUCGGAAACAUACAGAGAAGAAGAAGAAAAAGAAGAAACGUCACAAGUACUCGGAAUCCGAUACUGAAGAUUCAGAAUCUUCGGAGGAGAAUAUGGAUUGAAGAAUGGUAUCUCUGCUCAGGUUCGUUCGGAAAAGCGGACGUCUCCACUGUUUUUGCCUUGCAUAAUUCGGUGACAACUGAAGAACUAACGCUGGUCUGAUGAGAAAUUACGGGUAUUGUGGUACGAUAUACCGUUCAUGUUGGGCUCGCCGAAAUCUUGAGUGCAUAUCGGUUCAAAGAUUACCCGUAUUCAAAUGUCUGGGACCCCGUUCCAAUUUUUUUUGCUCUGCACACCUGCUGAACUCGCCGAGAUUGAAUCAUGGGUACCGUGGUUGUGAAUGGCCCUGUCGCUCCAAUUAAUCGUUCCGUCUUUGGGUCGUUUUCGUUGUCCCACUUUGAAAGCCUUCAGAGGUGACCCGAACAUUUUUGCCCUCAAAAAGCAACGAAGAAAAAGCAAUAAAUUCGCUGCAACUUGUGUAGUUUUUGCGAAGGAAUUUAUAAUUGAGACAAUCAGAUGUUCGAUGUUCCCGUACUGCGAACUCCUCUCGUCUGAUGCGCAUAUCUAACGUUGUUCGGCAGCUGAUCGGUGCGUGAAACACUUUUCACUGCGAUCAUUGCAGCAAUAGCAUAAGGAUGCGGUAUAGAUUUGAAGUGCAGUAUUUCGAAUUUGAAAAUAAUAUUCAGCGAUCGCCGAGGUCGAUGUGUACGAGAAAGAUUACUGGUCGUCAUUUGUUCGUAGUGAGUAUCUCUCAAGUUUUUCUUCGGCGAGUUCAGCAAGUAUUCGGCUUUCGUGCAGGCUGUUGACAAAGAUGUCCGAGCACAGUGUGGUUUAUACCAUAUUCAUUCAUCGGUUUUGUAAUUCCUGUAUUUUAUCAUUUGAGUUGACGUUGUUCUCGUUGUUGUACGCUUAUGUUUAAACGGCCUUCUUGCGCGUUUAUUAUAAAUCCAGUUGAGUCAUUUUCAGGAAUACCGAUUUUAUUCGAUGACGACUUGAAUUGGUCCCUCGUUGUAUUGAAUGGAACAGGACAUUUUUUAGGAUUUUUCUACGUUGUCACAGAUUUGAGUAACGGUAAAAGCCCCAUUCGAGUUCUUGAUUGAAAUUUGAGUGGGGCAUUUUCGUCUGCGAACAAUGUUACAAAUUAUUUAUUCAGAUGGACUUCGAAAACGUGCUUAAUCUGGGGGCCGCCUUGGAACUCCGCAAUAAUGGUAAUUACUUGCAUGAACUCAAGUUUUGUGUUCGUUUAUAACGAAGAACCGUGUAAUAUUGGCUUACCCAAGUUUAUCUUGGUUGAAUUAAACCAAAAUUGGCGGAUCUGAUUUGUAAGUUCAAGUUCUGAUUCCUGUCGUGUUGAAAAUCUGUUCGUGGCCAAUCGUACUUGCUGCUGACACUCCACCGUUGUUGGCAUAGGUUUACCACUUCAUUGUUCUCUUGAAGUAAAGAACCCUUCCCUUUCGUACAUUGUGAUACAAGCGCAGACUGCCCUGACCCUAUUUUAUUCUUUGUAAUUGACGAAACCAUGUUCAUAGAUAUUUUUGGCCCGAGUGUUCUCUCUUGCAAAUUUGGCUGGUGGUGCAGCGGUUUGGAAUAUUGUAUUUAUUUUUAUGGAAGCGCUGAUCGAAUCCGAUUUUAAAUUAAUUUAUGAGGUCAGUUUUUGUCGGGGAAUUUUCGUCGUUGAUAAUGAAGUCUUUGAUUGCUUAGGCUGACGGAUGUUUUAUGCGUUGUUGAUCUCGAGACGCAUGGAGUACAGCGCAUGCACUCAUCGUCCAGAUUUUCUUGCGUUUCCGACAGAGGCUACUAUUGCCCUUGUGCAUUCACAAUGAUCGCUCACGAGAUCAAUAAUCAUUUUCAGUAUUGUGAUCAUAGCUUCGGGAUUGAAUACUGUCUUGCUCUCGUUCUUAAGGAUUGUUUAUUCGUUUUUCGUUUGUUAUUUAAAUUUCUUUUCAAAUUCAGGUUUGUCUGAUCCUGGUUUUGGUCUUGGCUCUCUAUGAGGGGUUUUUCGCCCGAGUGCCAUCGCUUAACUUCAAAUCCCUGUUGUGUUCCAUGAUGAGCGAUGCACUCAUUUUCUUUGGUACAUGCCACUCCGAACUUUUUGUUUGUCCUCAAUCGUAAGGCUAUGCGAAAAAUCGCUCUUGCUGAAUCAUUCCCCAUAAAUUUUACUCGCACCGUUGAGCAACGAAUCCAGUGCCCGCCCCCGAAGCAUUAAAGCAUUAUUUUUUUACUGAAUGUUGUUCGAUAUUCGGAAAAGCUUUAGUGUUCUUACCUCAAAAGUCUUCUUUGUAAGACAGAGGUGUGCUAUUUUUUUAAGGGUUUGCUUGGAAUGUAUGCGUCAGGACUGGCGAUCAUUUUUGAAGGCUCUUGUAGAAUCCCGGCAAUCUGCUGGUGAUAUUUUCCACUUGUAAUCAUCGAGACAUUUUUGAAGAAAAACUCUCUUGAUUGGGAGUUGCGCAUGUGUUUUUUUUUUUUUUUUUGCGUCAGGUUUUGGGCACAGUUUCAAGAGAACAUACUGACGGUGGAUUGCUGCUUCUAAUGUUCAAAAGGAAGGUCUUAAAACUUCCUCCCCGUGGAUUCUGUUCGUUGCAAUGUAUAUAAAACGAAUGGGAUGUGGCGGACAGUGCAAAUGAUGUCUUCAUUGAUUUAGCGUUGAUGGUUGCCCUAAAUUUAUUGUGAAUCGUACUUUUGACCCUGCGGUUAAUUGGAUGUCCAUUUUCUGUGCCCUGAGGGCAGAAAUCAAGCCUUAAAAUCCUUAUUCUAGUUGCUGAUAUGGGAUUGUUCACGGCUCAACAGCAAUUCUUGAAUAAGAAAUUGGGGUGAUCAUUUGUCGUAUUACGCAUUUCAGACUUGCUGAUGGUGGUAAAUGUCCAUGAAGUAUGCUGUACGCUAUGUUGAAGCCACAUAUUUGUGAGGGCGCGGAUUGUGUGGGAUGCUGGAAAUUUCUCAUUGCAUAAAUCGGGAGAUGUUGUUGUCCCUUUUGUUUUAUGGUUUUUGUAUGGCCAUCAAUGGCUUCAAUGAAAAUCUUUUGUAAUAAAUUCCUGCAUUCAAUGGAAAAACUUAUUGUCUUAGUUGUUAUAGAAAGUGUGCGGCGGGGUGUGGGU